CUAUUCAAAUAAAUAAUGAGAUUAUUGUGGUUAAUAUCGCUCUUGAUCGCCUUCGGAAGCGGUCAGGAUGCAGUGCAGCAGCAGGCGACCGUUGUUAGUGGAGAUGCGGCAGCUGCCACAGUGGCAGGAUUAACGGAUGCCACCGACAAAACCAACUCCAAUUCAACUGCAGACAAACCACGUUUCCCCACCCCUGACGAGAUGCUCGCACAGAUGCCCCCCAUAUUGCCCACCCGCAGUGGAAUCCCCACUGUGGAUGCGUUCUUCUUGAUGUUUCCGGCCCUGAGCAGCAUUCUCCGCUGGAGCAGCACGUUCCCCGCCCAGUCCAUACUGGGAGCGGUACCGGACGGUCUGCAACCGUCGGCAGCCGCCUCGAAAGUAGUGCUCGUCUUGGCCGACGAUGCGAAUGGACAAAAGUCGCGGGUGACGCGUCAGAAUGCUCCGGUUACUCCGGCUGCUCCAUUGAAUGCGCCUGUAAUGCUGCAGCAGCUGUUGAGUCAGAUGCCACAGCCGAAUCUGGGCCAGAUGAUGCAGGUGGGUCAAAGCUGGCUGCCCGAUGGAUUGGGUCAGAAUUUGGGUCAGAAUUUGGGUCAGAGUUUGGGUCAAAGCUUGGGUCAAAUGCCCCAAAUGCCGCAGCUGGACAGCUUUAAUCUUGGCCAGGCCAUGACGAAUAUGGGAUUACCGGCACUUGACGGUCUGCUGGGUGCACCUGCUCCAGUUCCCGCUCCGGUUCCGGCGCCAGCUCCCAAGUCAGCGACUGAGGAUGCUCCCGCUCCCGCUCCGGUUCCUGCUCCCGCUGCGGCUCCGAUGCCUUUUGCUAAUUUCUUUGACGGCACCAACAAUAUGCUAGGUAGUGCCUUCUCCGGCUCGCUGCCUCCGGCGCCCACGCCGGAUGCCUUCAUGGCCGGUUUGCGUCAAUUCUUUCCGGGCGGCGGAGCAGCUGCUCCCGUUGCACAGGCCUCGGACAUUUCGGAGGUGCGUGUAAAGCCCGAGAUGCGUCAGAGAGCGCGAACGAGAGCGGACAUUAUCAACUACAGAGAUCCACAGCAAAGCGAGGCACAAAUGGCACAAUUAAAGAUCAAAUCUGCUCUGCAAAUGGAGCAGAAGAAGGAGCAGGAGCAGGAGAGGGAUCGUGUGCCGCUCCUGUGGUUCCGCAGUCGCAAGGAGGCGGGAGAUCAGCAGGAAAUCGAGUCCAAGCUUCAAGCAUUUGAGCGUCAAGUGAUCACAGAACUGAAACUGCUCCAACAAAUCGAAGGAUUAGCUCGAGAGAUGCGCGCCAAUGCUCAGGGACAAAUCCCAGCCACAUCCUCUCCAGCUUACAAGCUGCGUUAUCCGCUGAGCCGAACGCCAGUGCACAAGAUCACCAAGGCGGACAUUGAGCGUGCUCUGCGGGAUGAUUAUGUGCGUCGUCUGCUCCAGAAGGAGGCGCAAAGAAAGACGCAACGCGAGUUCCACAAGCGUCAGGUAACGCCCUCCAUGAAUAGCCCCCAGGAGACACCACUGUCCAAGGAGGACAUCAUCAAGGUGAUGGCCUAUGCCUAUCGCAUGGCCGGCGAAUCUGGCCAGGAGAAACCCCUGAAGCAGGACAAGAUCUAUGCCGCCUAUCGAGCUGACAACACGAGUCCAACGAAUCCGAAUCCCAUGGAGCAGCAACAGCAACGGGAUCAGCAAAUGCGUCAGCAAAUGAUGAUGAUGCGAACAAUGGAAAUGCAGAAUCCACAGAGUCUACAGAAUCCACAGAUGAUUCAGCAGAAUCCACAACAGCGACAGUGGAUGGAUGCAGAGCAGGCAAAGAUGAUGCAACAGCGCCAAAUGAUGGAGGAAGAAACCAAAGUUGGAAUGGAAGAACAGGCGAUAUGGCAGCAAGUCGAGAAUGCUGAAGAAGCGUUGACUCUGCAGCAACAAGGUGAUCAGCCGAAACAACAAUUGCAGCAACAGCGUCAAAUGUUGGAUGAGCAAACCAAAGCUCGAAUGGAAGCACAACAGCAACAGAAUGUGAUGAUCAGGCAGCAACAGUUGCUGCAACAGCAGCAGCAAAUGAGAAUGGCACAGCAGCAACAGCAACAGCUACAGCAGCAACAGCAACAACAGCAACAGUUGCGACAAUGGGAGCAAUCAGCUGAGCGUCAAUGGGCGGAUGAGAAAAUGAAGAUUGUGUUGCAGCAGCAACAGGCGGAACAACAGCGACAACAGUUGGAAGAACAGCAGCAACAACAGCGACAAUGGGCAGAUGACAAGAUCCAGGCAAUACAGCAACAACAGCAGCAACAGUUGCAGCAACAGCAGCAACAACAGAUGCAACAACGCCAAUGGGAGGCUGAUGAGCAGAUGAAGAUACAGCAACAACAGCAACAGGUGCAGCAGCAACAGAUUGCUGAACGGCAAUGGGCAGAUGACAAGAUGCUGGCAAUGCAACAGCAACAGCAGCAACAAGCGGAGCAGCAACAGUUGGAGCAGCAACAGAUGCGUAUGGCCAUAGAGCAACAGCAGCAACAGAUGGCAGAACAGCAGCAACAACAGCGACAAUGGGCAGAUGACAAAGUGAAGACAAUACAGCAGCAACAGCAACAGCAAAUGGAGCAACAGAUGCGUCAAAUGGAGCAACAACAACAGCAACAACAGCAGCGACAAUGGGCAGAUGAAAAGAUCCAAGUUCAAAUCCAACAGCAGCAACAGCAAACGGAGCAACAACAGCAGAUGUUGCAGGCAAUGCAACAGCAGCAACAGCAACGGGACACAGAGACAACAGCUGAAGAAGAAGAAGCAGCAGCAGAGGAACCUAAAUUGGCUGAGGCUCAGCCACAAAUGCCCGAAAUUGAGGGAAAGGCCCGACACAAAGUCGAUGCUUUGGGAUUGGGUGGCAACCAUCACAAGAAGUCCAAGUCAAAGGGUGCUCCGACCAUUAUUAAUUACUAUCAGCAAGUGCCAAUGCAACCAGCUGCAAGACCCCAUUAUCACUACCCUGUAAUGCCCGCCAGUUAUGGUACCAGCUAUGGAGGCGGUGGCUAUGCAUCCAAUGCCUAUCAUGGCGGAUCUGGCUAUGGAGGCGCCUAUAGAGCGGCAGUUGGUGAUGAGGCAAUUGAUUCCAUGCUGCGCCAGCAUCAAGUCUUGGCGACAAUAAAACCCGAUGACCAGAUGAAGACCACCGCAACCACCGCAACCACCGCAACAGCAACAAAUCAAGACGACACCACACUGACGACCGGCAGCCAUCGCAUACAGAAAAGUCAAUCAUCAUCUUCAGCAUCCGCAUCCGAUUCAGCAUCCGCAUCACGAGACAUCUCCACAUUCCGCAGCAAUCCAGAGGAUGUGAGCUCCGUUUUGGGUUACAGCGAUAGCUUAUUGCGUCCUUACAUGGGUCUUUUACCCGUGGAGCAGCCAAACGAUCCUUGGACGCAGAAGGCCUUCAAUCCACAUCAACCACUUUACAGCGGCGGUGGCAGCUUUGAGGCAUAUUUGAGACCACGUCGAGAUACGCACAUUAUGGCUCAGAGUCAUCAGCUGCUGACACCUGGAAUGUUGGAGCGAUUGCUGCGGAUUAAGGCGGAGUUUCAGCGACGUUUUCCGCACCUUUAUCAGGGCAUGCUCAAUCAUCACACGAAUCGGACACGAGUCGUUGUCAAACCGCCGCUGCUCGUUCGUCUUUCCAAAAACAAAAACCACAAGGAGUCGAAGGAGUCAAAGGAGUCGAAGGAGUCGCCGGUCUAUGAACUGGGUGCUGCCGAGCGUGGACUCUUGGAUGUGGCAAGUGUCGAGGUAACCAGCGAAAGGACUGACGAAUUUCCACUGGAGCGGAAUGUGAACAAAACUAAAAACAAAAAGAAGAAGGAGCAAGAGGAAGAGCAGGAAGAUGAAGAUGAUUUUGACAUCUUUCAUUUCGAUGAUGAGGAUAACGAUGACAACGAUAAUAUUCACGAUAACGAUAACGAUAACGAUGCUGAGCUGCUUGAUGACUAGCCAAUUGCUAUAUAAUAUUUAUGUACUAUAUACUCGAAAUAAAUGAAAAACUAUAAAUAUA